AUGGUGAGCUGGCGCGGUGGUGCUCCCGGGCUGUGGGAGCCCAGCGCCGACGGGGCAGGCUGCGGGGCGGACGCGGGGCUGAGCUCUCCCCUCCCCGCUGUGCGCCUGCAGAUCGUGGCCCUGCAGGAGGUGCUGGAGAAGCUGAAGAGCAAGCGCCUGCCCUCGGUGGAGAAGAAGCUGGGCUGGGUGCCCUCGUGCGACGCCGGCGAGCAGUGCGCCGUCAGGAAAGGCGCCCGCAUCGGGAAGCUCUGCAACUGCCCCCGCGGCACGGCCUGCAACUUCUACAUCCUCAAGUGCCUGUGAAGGCCCGGGCUGGGGAGAGCCAUGCGGGGGGCUCGCAGUCCUGUCCUGUCCUGUCCUGUCCUGUCCUUCCCCCCGGAGGGGUCUCUGGUUUGUCGUGUGCUCUGGGAAACGUCUCCCCGUGCCCCCUUCCAGCACCCCGGGAGCUCCGGCUGGAAGGAGCACCCUCCACAAAGCCCACCCCAGCCCAUCCUCGCUGCCCGGGGGGGCAAGAAGCAGCCGGUUCCCAAAGGCACCAGGCUGCUGGUGUCGUGGGGCCUCAGUACCACCCUCAGCCUGGCCCCUUGGCCCAUCUCCCUUCCCCGGGGUCA